AGCAGAGGCAGGGUGAGACAGAGAGAAGAGGUCGGCAGUCGAGGGAAAGAUUAGACUUGCAGCACCUAUUCGAGUUAAACUUUCACUCUGUUGCUUAAUUGAUCACCAAUUACAAAGUUAGUUUCGGCUCAUUCAGUAGCAAUCAAAAUAUAAAAGAAGAAUGAUCCCGAAUCCUGUUAAAAAUGGAAUCAUGAUUCAUCGGAACAAUUUAGCCAAGCUAUUCUCUCCUUCCUCCAGAGGUGAACUGCUGACUCCGACGGGGGGUACGGUCACCCACGCCUACUUCCACUAUCAACACCUCCAUCAUCGCCAAAAUUCAGCUGGAACAAGAAACAGCUUGCAAACGUUUUGCUGUUCUCGGCAACUGCAUGUCCCCUCAGGUCCCUUCAAUAACAGUGGAACUGAACAAACUUCCGAUAGAGAACGUUCAAAUAAUCAGGCUUCUAAUUCGUCGUCAUCUUCACAAAAUGCAGAGAUCAAAUCUAAGCUGGAGGCUCUGAAAGAAAAGUUGUCGGAAAAUGCGUAUUUUGAAAAAUACAAGGACAAGUUUCAGCAGAUGGAAUUAACAUCCCCAAGAGAAUUGUUGGCGAAGCUGGAACAAUUGGAUUCCAAGAUCUCUGGUGGGUCUAAUAAAGGUCAACCGAACAAACAAGUCGGAAAGCAGGCUUUUCCACAAUCACGUUCAACAGAUCAUUUUCUACUGAAUGAUGUGAUGGAGUUAAGUAGAAUCAAGGACCUCGAUCGCGACGACAUUAUUUUUUUGUGGCAAGAAUUUCACCGAAAAAAGGACGGACUUCUUGGUGCCGUAAUGUCGGGGUCAGUAUUUGAAAAGAUGAAAGAUUUGGCAUCAACUUUCACAAUGUUCUUGCUUCCCCUUCCCCGUGAACAUGGAUAUGAAUUUUUAUUUGUACAAUUCAUGAACAACGCCUUUCACUUUACACCUCUCAUUGCGUAUCAAACCCACAAAGAAAAUGCGCCUGAAUGUCUUCGCUUAAUCCAGUACACUGACCUUCAAAGCUCCAAAGAUUUGGUGUUGAUGCGAGGAGAGUUUGAUAAAAACUUGAUGAGUACUAAAGAUGCGCAUAUUCUGGCCGUUCAAGUCAACUUUUACUACGGAGAAACCUCUGACUCUAGGAAGAAUCUAUUGGAAUCGUUUUUUAGGAAACCUGACUCAUUUCAGCACAUGGAUUUGAUAGAUGAAUUAAAAAAGCUUCAAGAGACACAUCCUCAUCUUUUCGAGUUUGAAGAAUAACUUUGAUAAUCAGUGCACUGGUUGAGGAAGAACUAUUUUCAAAUUAAUUGUACUAGUCCGUAUUGACAAUAGACAAUUUGAUGGCUCAAAAUCAAAGUUAUUCAUUAUUUCUGCAUAAAAAGGAAUAAAAUUAUCUGGAAAACUGGAAAAUUA